AUGUCGUUGGCGUCGUCCAUCAUGGUGCUGAAUGUCAAGCCGACACUGCGAAGUAAUUGCGAUGGCCGGUGUCGAGCAAGAAGCCUCUUCCAGCAUCGUAAAGCGAAAGCAGCUUUUGGACUCAACAAGGAUCAGGUCGAUACGGACAACAAGGCCUCAAAAGCAUACCUUCAGCCCAGUCAUUAUAUCACGGCACCAAGUAUGCCGCUUUCGACACAGAUCGCGAGGGUCUCGGAUGGCUUGCCAUUGGCACAGAGUGUCGAUGACGGCAAGACCGAGACCGACCUCUCGGAGCACAAGCAGCAGGCCAAGCUCAUCUUCCGCCGCAUCACACCGUCGUCAGAGCAGCGCUGCAGUAUCGAGAGCGGCAAGUACACCCUGCACUAUCUCAUCUCGCCACCGCCUGCCAUGCCAUCGUCUGUCGUCUACCUCACCAUUGCCGAAAAGUCGUAUCCGCGCAAGCUCGCAUUCUCGUACCUGGACGAGCUCUCCAAGGAGUUCGAGCGCAGCUACGGUAAUCAGGUGGAACAGAGGACGCUGAGGCCAUACGCUUUUGUUAGCUUUGAUACCUUCAUGCAGCGAACAAAGCGGCUCUACGAGGACUCUCGCACAGCACAGUCGGCAGCGUCGUCAAACCUGGAUCGGCUCAACGAAGAUCUGCAGGAUGUCACGCGCAUCAUGACAAAGAACAUGGAGGAUCUGCUUUGGCGAGGUGACAGCUUAGAUCAGAUGUCGACCAUGUCAUCCUCGUUGAGAGACGAAUCGCUCAAAUACCGCAAAGCAGCGCGACAGAUCAACAUUGACGCCCUCUUGCGCAAAUGGGCGCCUGUAGGUGCGGUUGGCUUCCUCUUCCUCUUCAUCAUCUGGGUCAAAUUCUUUUGA